AGUCAGAGCGCAGCGCGGCGUGCGUCAUCGGAACAUAAAUCAACCACCGGAGUUAAAGGAAAUAUCUUUUUUAUUAUAUAUAUUUAUAUAUAUUUUUAUUUUUUUUUACCGGUUUUUCCCAACAUGGCUGUGACUGAAGCUGGAUGCGAUCUGACUUACUGCAAAAUGAGGGGCAUUGUUACUGUUCUCACCGCUUUCAUCAAAGAGAGAAAAAUGGGUUUGAAUGACUUCAUACAGAAGCUGGUGUCCACCCCUCAUAUCUGUCAACAUGUUGAAGUCAACAACUUCCUGACGAUUGAUGAGAAUCAGAACCAAGACGUUGAAGACGGCCAACUUCCUGAUAGGAUGUUCCUAACUUCGCAAAUUUCCCUAGCUGAGGACACUCAGAUCAAACCGUGUGACUUCGACUACCUCAAGAUCAUAGGCAAAGGCAGCUUCGGAAAGGUUCUGCUCGCACGACACAAGGAGUCCACGACAUAUUACGCCGUCAAAGUGCUACAGAAGAAAAUUAUCCUUAAGAAGAAAGAGCAAAAGCAUAUCAUGGCUGAACGCAGUGUGCUGAUGAAAAACAUCAAACAUCCUUUCCUAGUGGGGCUGCACUACUCCUUCCAGACUACUGACAAACUUUACUUUGUACUCGACUACGUUAACGGCGGAGAGCUCUUCUACCAUCUUCAAAGAGAAAGGAUCUUCUUGGAGCCCCGAGCCAGAUUCUACUCUGCAGAAAUUGCAAGUGCACUUGGCUACCUCCACUCCCUGCAUAUUGUCUACAGGGACCUGAAGCCUGAGAACAUCCUGUUAGACUCCCAAGGCCACAUAGUCCUGACUGACUUCGGUCUCUGCAAAGAGGGACUCGAAGAUAACGGCACAACGACCACGUUCUGCGGGACGCCCGAGUAUUUGGCUCCUGAGGUGCUCCAGAAGCAAGCCUAUGACCGCACAGUUGACUGGUGGUGCCUGGGGUCGGUGCUCUACGAGAUGCUCUACGGACUUCCUCCGUUCUACAGCCGCAACACAGCUGAGAUGUACAACAACAUCCUGCAUAAGGCUCCCGUGCACAAACCCAACGUGUCCAAUGCGGGCAGGGAGAUGCUGGAGGGGCUCCUGCAGAAGGACCGCACCAAGAGGCUGGGGGUGAAGGAUGACUUUCUCGAACUGAAGUACCAUUCCUUUUUCUCGCCAAUUAACUGGGAUGACCUGAUGGCCAAGAAGAUCACGCCGCCCUUCAUCCCCUCAGUGAGCGGCCCCACAGACCUACGCCACUUCGACACGGAGUUCACCCACCUGCCCGUGUCGUCCUCCCUGUGCACCGACACCCUGACGGUGACCGGCAGCGUCAAAGAAGCGGCAGGGGCGUUCCCGGGCUUUUCCUACGGGCCUCCGGAAGACCAUUCCUUCAUGUGAAUUACCGAGAACUCCCCCGGAAAACUACCCCCGGACGGAGGAGUCUUAUUUCCACACGCCGGUUGAUCGGCGGGUCCACUCGACCCCCCGCGUUGCAUAAGUGUGCCGCGUACGGAUGCACCGGAGGGUCACCCACGGGUAACCGGGCCUCGCGGCUACGACGUGACACGGAGAGAAGUGCCUGAGCAACUCGGACGGCACCUGCGAGAGAGAGUUCAUAACGCAUGUCAAAGCUCUUUCAAGGAAACAUGACUCAUAAUUUAUAUCGUUGCUUUGGACCAAAUUUAAAAUGUACAAAGGUUACAAAUAUCAUUUCAUCAACACAUCACUGUUUACCUGUUUGCAGCAUAUAAUUAAAGCCUCCGACUGUAUAUAAAAGUAUAUUCAUCAUAACUAUAUUUACUCCUUUUCUAAUCUAAUUUAUUCUGGACUGACGAUUGAAGCAGCAAUAACAUGUCUAAACACUGAAUAUCCAUCACAAUUACAAUGAUUUAUAGUGAACACUCCAACCAACUAAAUAUGUUACAUGUAUUUAUGGAUUAUGUAGAGAAUUGUGACUGUUUUGUGCCUGUCCAAUGAGGCCUGACCCAUCUUUUACUGUAUGUACAGUACAUAUCUGCUUUCCAUCACCGGUUGUUCCCUCCUGUAGAGAAUCUCUCUUUAUACAAGUGCUUCAUUAACUUGACUAAGAACAACUAGGUCAGGGGUGUCCAAACUUUUUCCACUGAAAAAUCAAAGCAAGCGGGGGCCAUUUUCAUAUUUUUUAUUUUAAAAGCCAAUACAAUAUAUGUAUAAAAAAUAUACAUUUAGGCCUCCACUCAGACUUGAUCCGGGGGACCCCAAAAGGUUUUGGUCAAAAAAAAUAUUACAAAUGUGUCAUUAUUUAGUAUUAUUAUUAUUAUUAUUCAAGGUUUAAAUCUCUAGAUCAACAUUAGGUCUAUCUGUCAAUAUAACGCUUUUAAAGAUUUAAGUUGUAUGCCAUUUUUAUGGAAAAAAAAAACACAAAAUAUGCAAUAUUUUCCCCCAAUAAAAUGUUAAAGUGGAAUAUUUGAGAUUAUAUAAUAAUUGGAGUCUUAAAAAGGUCAAUAACUCAUAACAACAUUGAUUUUAAUUCAUUAUUUUUUUGAGCAAUGACACUUAAAAAAAAAAAAAGUCCCACUAAAAUUAUUGGGGAUCCAAAAGGGUACCGCUCAGUAAAGUUUAAAAAAAUAAAUCCAACAUUUUUUUAAACUUUUACCGCAAUAGUCUCAAGAUCAACUUCAGAUCUAUCCGUCAAUUAUAAGUUGUUGUUUUUGUUUUUUGUUUGUUCGUUUUAGGCCCUUCUUUGAAAUACUUAGUUUUUUAAAUGGCAACCAAAAAAUAUGCAACAUUUUCCCCCCAAAAUAUCUCAAAGUGGAAUAUUUAAUGUGAAGUAAAUGGAGCCUUGAAUAGGUCAAUAAUUCAUAAUGACAUUAAUUUUCAUUCAUUAUUAAAGAAAGAAACAGCCUGCAUGGCAUCUUUGUGUUAUUAGGGUAAAUAAUGCAACAUUUUCUUGUUACAUUUCACUUGUUUGCUCUUUUAUACCACUUUUUAUGGUUUUGUUUUGUUUUUUUUCAUCGUAUUUUUAGAAUGUGCGGCGGGGCCGUUAAAAAAUUACCUGCGGGCCGCAAAUGGCCCCCAGGCCGCACUUUUGGACACCCUGAACUAGAGGGAUUUGGCAACAUAGGGCUCUUUAAAGGAAUUAUCGGUGGAUAUUGCAGCAGAAUGAAAAUGUCCAACUUGAUAUGCAUAUUGAAAAAAGGAUGAUUGAUUGUGUGUACAUAUAUUGGAAAUAGAGGCAUGUACAGUAAAAAGGUGCAUUUUCAAGCCUGCUGGGGGGGGGAAAAGAAAGCGCCGCACAGUUCUACAUCAUUUUCUUCCAUAUUUGGAAGCGUUACUUUUUAUUUCUCUUUUGUAUUUCUAUAUGUAUUUAUUUUUUUUGCUGUCGUUGCUACUGUUUAAAGAAAAUUAUUUACACAAUCUAUUGUAUGAAUUAAAUGUAAAUUAAAGAAUUCCAAAUAAAAUCUGUCAACUAGA